GCUGAUGCCCCGCCAGUCAGCGAACAGCCGGGGAGUAGGCAUGCAGAAGCGCCAGGAUCCUGCCUAGGCUUCUCCCGAGUUUCUGGAAGAGCGACGAGUUAUGACGGGGAUCGUGUUUCAGACCGAACCGGCUUUUUGCUAACUGAGUCGCCGAAAUCACAGACGCAGAAAACCACUUCAAGAAAACCAGGUGAGCCAGCGGGUCUGACAGACAGCGUGUGGGAAUGGCAGCUCCCCGGCCGAUAAAAGGCAUCCUGAAAAACAAGAGCAGCGGGACAAACGUCAAAUCGCUGCCUGACGAGGUGCCAGUGGAGAAUCCUGAACACGCCCCUGGACUCUCGGAAGAUGACCAACAGAAGAAGUCCCAGAAAUGGGAUGAGAUGAAUAUCCUCGCCACCUACCAUCCAGCCGACAAAGACUAUGGCUUGAUGAAGAUAGACGAACCAAGCACACCUUACAACAGGAUGGUGGGGGAAGAUGACGACGAAGGGGCGCUGAGUGACUCGGACAACCACGGUGGACUUGCAGCUGAUGACCUGGCAGCAAAGCUGGUGGAAGCAGAGGACUCAGAGCCUCGCUUCAUGAAGGAAGAGGAAGAGAGCAGUGAGGAGGAGGAAGAGGAGUUGACUCCUGAAGAACAAGCCAAAAAGAAGCAUUUUCAGAUGAUGAGGAAGAUGCACUACAACGAAGGCCUGAACAUCAAGCUGGCCCGCCAGCUCAUCGCCAGUGAACUAGAAGACGACGAAGAUGCAGAUGAAGAGAUGAGGGAUGACACAGAAGAGGCAACGGAGGACACAGAGGAGAUCAAUGUUGACCCGCCACUGGAAGCUGAUUCUCUGGACUCGUAAAUCAGGCUUCUCUCCCACCUUCAGCCCUGUGUGUUGGCUCAAGAUCCAGACAGACAAUGCCACUGCGCUCUGUGAUUCGACGCUGGAUCACAGAGCAGACACCGCUUCGCCACCCAUAUAACACCCCUCAACAGCCAAUAACCUCCCAGUCACCUGUCUGUGUCUACUGUUCCUUAGAACUGUGCAAUAUAACCCUCAAACACACAGUUUUUUUACCUCCCAGAAUCAGUACAAACACACAAGUGAAGAAUCUUGGUCCCUCCUCCUCCCUCUCCCGUUGCCAAGAAUUUUCCCCUCCCACCUCUUCUGGACUGAAGAAUAUGUGAUUCUGACCCUGAAAGGAGGAUCAAGGCCUUUUAAAAAAAAAAAAAAAAAAAAAAAAAGUCAGAUAACCAGAACUCCCAUCUGGCCACUCCACAGACCCUCUGCAGGCCACAGAGACACUACAUCAGCCCUGGAGCAAGCCAGGGAAAACCCCACAGCCUCACUAAAGGCAUAUCCAAGACAUGACGACAGUGCUUAUACUGGGUGAACUUCAGACGGCUUUUAUUUUUGUUUAUCUUUGUGACCCACCACUCUGUUGCAUUUUCUUUCCAUCUUCAGUACUUUUUUUGGAUAAGAGUUGGACGAAAUGAUGAUCAGUUAGAUUUUUUUUUUGUCUCCAUUCACAUCUUGAUGUACGGUGACGUGGCUUACCUGUAAUGCUGUGCCAUCAGAAUCCCAUUAUUUCACCUGACAUUGGCAUAAUGGUGAAAUGAUGAAAUAAAGAUAAUUGACGGUCUGUAUAUUAGUUUCUCAUAGGGAAUGACAACAUAGCCUACACAAUCUAAGUUUCAUCAGAACAAAAAUCCAAAUUUGACAUCAUACAACUGAAUACACAUACUAUCAAUUGACACGUACAUUGUAGUGUCUGACUGCGAUGCUUGCUGUAAACUGUAUGGCUUUUUGCUUCAGAACAAGCAAUACAACACAGAUUUGAAGUAUUACAUUGGCACUUUGUUGACUUUGCCUCAGUACUACUUAUUUACUCUCUCUCCUUACAAGCAAGAACACCACACCAAACCUCAUUUCAAAUUCUGGCAAUUUUACAAACAUGUAUACCUCAUAGAACCAGACUGAAGGCCUUUUUUAAAUUUAAUCCACUGAUAAAUUUGGCACAUAGGUUGUCUAGCAAGAGGCACUUUCUAAGUAAAAACUCAAUAUUUUAAAUUUCUUUGCAUUUUUCCUUUUGUAUAUGAGAUUUUCUAUGAAAGAAGACUGCAGGACAAGUUGGUAAACUGUUUAAAAAAAAAAAAAAAAAAAAAAA